ACCUUGAUUUUUUUACAUAUAGACUAUUUGAUAUGUUUCUACUAAUCUCUUAUUUGACAAGUCUGUGUCUGUGAGUCUGUCUGUCUGUGACAAGAAAAAUAUUUGAAAUAUUUGCCUUUUCAUUUGCAUAAAGACCAAUAUUUUGUAUGGGUACAAAUGUGUUAUUUCUAUCAAAGACGAAACACACUAUACAGACUUGAGGCUUGUUCAUAUGUUUGUGUAAUUUAAAUAAACCCUUUUUCCUUCGAAAUUAAGGUCGAUUUUAUGUAUUUGGUAGUUUCAAGACCAUUGAAAAAAUUGUAUAUAUCUUUGUCUUAAGCUUAGUAUCCACGAUCGACUAUACUGAGACGAUAUAUGUCACAUAUAAGUAGAGGAUGUCUUAACUUGAUGCAAUCUAUAAGCGAAUUCAUUGAGACAUUUUGACAUCGAGGCCUUGGGGCGUUAUCAAUAUUUUGGAUUUUUUAAAAGUCAAAAUAUGUCUAUUUAAAAUGUCUCCGUUUGAAAACUUAACUCGUAAACGACGUCAAAAAUGAAGUAUAUAAUAUUAUGCCAUAAUAUUCAUAUUCUCCGGAACCAGUUAAUAAAAAACUAUGUUGAUAAAAACUUUAAUUACUUCCAAUAUCAAUCUUUUUUUGAAGGCAACUUCAACAAGAAGAAGAUUAAUAAUUUAAUAAGCUCAUACAGACAACAAAAGUCUACACAAGAUCUCGUCGCCCCCCGCUAAACUCGUUGCCUCGACGGUCUGAUUCAAGGAGCUAUUUCAUCUAUUCGAAGAAUAUCUAAUGCAAAAGAAAUUAACGCGAAAGGAAAUUAUGAUAUUAUUAUUGCUGGCGGUGGUAUGGUUGGAUGUGCCUUAGCCUGUGCAAUGGGUAAAAAUCCUUUACUCUCACAACUAAAAGUAUUACUACUAGAAGGAAGUCCAAAUAAGAAGUUUGAAUUUAAGCCUGAGUACAGCAACAGGGUGGUUGCUUUGAAUGGAAAAACCAAAUCUUUGAUGAACUCAUUAAAAGUAUGGCAACACGUAGAAAAUAUGAGAUUACAGCCGGUUAGAUAUAUGCAAGUAUGGGAUGCAUGUUCCGAUGCUUUGAUAUCAUUUAGCAGUUCAGAAAUCUUUGAUGAUGAUCUAGCUUAUAUUGUCGAAAAUGAUGUUUUGCUUGAGGCCAUCAACAAAGAGUUGAAGUCCAAAGAUGUAAAAAAUGUAGAAAUUGUAUAUGGUGCUAAAAUAGGGGGAUAUGAACUAGCUAAGAAUGAUAGUCCCAAAAAUAUAGUUAAAAUGAGCAACGGGGAUAGCUACAUAUGUGACUUACUGAUUGGGGCCGAUGGCGCGAAAUCUGCUGUUCGAGAGGCGAUGGGUGUUCAAUACCUAUCAUGGAAUUACGACCAAAUGGGUGUAGUUGCUACAGUACGACUAGCAGAGAGUACAGAUAAUACAACGGCAUGGCAACGCUUCCUACCGACGGGUCCGGUGGCACUUCUACCACUGAACUCAGACUAUAGCUCCCUGGUGUGGUCGACGACACACGAAAACGCAAAACAACUGCUGAACAUGCCGGAGGAAAACUUCAUAGAUUCGCUGAAUGAUGCUCUGUGGAAACAGUAUCCCCGAAGCGGUGCUGUGGACGCUUGUAUGUCAUGGCUCGGAUCGGUGCUCCGUAGUGUUGGGCUCCCUGAUGGGGCGGAGCGCCAACUGCCGCCGAGUGUGGCCACACUAGCGCCAUCCUCCCGCGCCGCCUUCCCACUCGGCUUUGGACACAGCACUCGUUACGUAGCGCCAAACGUGGCUUUGGUCGGGGAUGCGGCACAUCGUGUUCAUCCAUUGGCCGGUCAAGGAGUCAAUCUUGGCUUUGGAGAUGUUAAGGAUUUGACGGAUUUCCUGUCAGAUGCUCUGUAUGGCGGCCUGGACGUCAGUCAUAACGACUGGUUAGAAAAGUACGAAAGUGCCCGCCAGCGACACAAUGUACCCAUGCAAUUGGCGGUUGACGCGUUGUACAGGCUAUACGGCGCCGACUUGCCACCGGUGGUACUCGCUCGGAGCGUUGGCCUGCAGCUAACCAACGCCAUACACCCACUGAAGAAAAUUCUAAUGUCCCAGGCAACAACAUAGAGUUUCAGCUUGAUGAUAUUUUGUAUGAUAACCGUAUCUAAGGCUGAAUACAAUAUAGUGCAAUAUACUUAAAAUGUAUAAA